AUGGUUUUGCCCAAAAGCCACAUUCCCAAACCGAGCCUAACCCGAACUCUUUCAGUGUUUAAUCCAACAAUAUUCUCCGGUCUGGAACUUGAUGUGCCCCCUUCUCUUGAAGCCAAAGCUUCACCUUUGGAGAGCACCAUUGCAUCUGAGGAGUGUUUGAUUUCGGGAGAUGAGCUCACUACCAGCAUUUGUCACGGGAUCUUUGAAGUUGCGUCCAUUUUGAUCUUCAAGGUUGGAGCCGAAGGGGCUGUCCAUGCGAUUGGACGAUUUGUUAAAAGGCGUGGCCUGUUGUCUUGUUUUGCACAAAGACAUGUUUAG